AUGUAAUUUUAGAAGCAGUUACUAAAAAAUACUCUCGAAGAACAACAGCAAUUCAGAUAAUAGUAACAGUUUGAUCAAAAAAGGAGAGCAAUAGAAUAGGAGUAAUAAUUGCUGCAAGAAUCAGCAAAGGCUUUGGAGCAUGAUGAACUCCAGCGAAAAUAAAUAUAAAGGAUAAAAUAAAGAGAAUUAAGUGAAGCCUACGAAUAAAGCAUAAACUAAAAAAAAUAAAAUCAAAACAUCAUCAAAUAAAAAUAAAUUUAAGAUGAAUACAACCUUGUUUCACAGGCCUAACAAUAUUAGGAAAUGCAGAAAUAAUAGAAAAUGCUCUAAUAAUAUUAAAUGAAAUAGAUAGCCUAAGCUUCUAUGGAUGAUAAAAUGAGAAAAAUUAUGUAAUAAAAAGAGUAGUAAGAAUAAGAAAAAAUUAAGGAAUAAUUAAAUUAAAGAGAUGAAGAAAAUAGAAUAUCAGAGAAGCAGAAGUAAUAUAGAGAUUAUUAUAGACAAGUAGCAGAACAUUAGGAUAGAAUGCAAAAAAACUUUGCAGAAAAGAUUGGCAGUGAUAAAUAAUUCUAAAUUGAUAACAUGAUUAAUAGAGGAAUUGAAAAUGUAUAAUACAAAGAAGAUAUGGAAGCCCAGUAAAAAAAACAAAGUUAAAUAUAUAAUAAAUAAAUGAUGAGAGAUUCAUUACAAAAACAAAUCUUUGAAAAAGAGCAAAGCACUAAAAAUUAGAAUGGUUCUCAAAUUAUGAGCAAUGGGUUUAGAAGCACUGAAAACAAUUAAAUUGAUCCUUCAGUACACAACCCUCUCUUGAAUCCGAUACCAGGAUACAAUCAAAAUCCGUAUUUAAAUUAAAGAAGUUAGUUAGGCACCUAUGGCAAUCAAGUACUUAAGAUGUAUUGA